AUGGGUGCUAUGCCGGCUAAACAUGCCCUGCCAUCUUGGUGGAGGACCCAGCUGCACCAGCUUGACGACUAUGUGUCGUCCAAAUCUGUGCCGACGGAAUCGGAUAUAGUGAUUAUUGGAUCCGGAAUAUCGGGCGCAUCGGUUGCGUAUCAUAUUCUCCAGCAGCAUAAAGGACACAAUCCACCAAGAGUCACUAUCCUCGAGGCGCGUCAAGCAUGCUCCGGAGCAACGGGUCGAAACGGUGGUCACCUAAAGCCAGAUCCAUACAGCUUCAUCGGUGAACUUGCGGCGGAGUACGGCCCGGAAGCAGCCGAAGAGGUUGCAGAAUUCGAACGAUCUCACGUUGACACAAUCAGCAACCUUGUGAAGUCCGAGAUGAUCGACUGCGACCUUGUUGUGACAAAGGCAAUUGAUGUUCAAUUGAACCCCAGGGAGUGCAAAAAGGCUAAGGCUAGCUUUGAUCAUUUACCAGGUAUCGGCAUCAAAUCGGCCAAACGAGUCAACUUCACUGACCAAAAGGAGGCGGAAGUGCGGUCUCGCGUCAAAGGAGCUCUCGGCUGUUUCAGCUAUGAGGCAGGCCACGUAUGGCCCUACAAAUUGGUUCUACACAUUCUUGGUCGCUGUGUCGAACAAGGAGGAAAACUUUACACGCACACUCCAGCACAAUAUAUCUCGCCAGAGAAAGAUGCGUCAGACCGGUGGACGAUUAAUACACCACGGGGUACUAUAAAAACGAAACAUGUGGUUUUUGCCUGCAAUGCUUACACGUCGGCUAUUCUUCCUAUGUACUCGAACAAGAUUGUUCCAGUACGUGGUGUCUGUUGCAGAAUAGUUCCGACCUUCCCAGUGAAACGGCUCACAGAAACGUACACAUUGCGAUGGUCAUGGAGUGAAUUUGACUACCUCAUUCCUCGUGAAGAUGGAAGUGUGAUUGUCGGUGGAGCUUGGAGUAAGUACUACCGCGACACGGGCACUUGGUACAAUAAUGCCAAGGACAAUGAGAUGAUCGAGCCCGCCAAGGAAUACUUUGAUGGUUAUAUGCAACGGAACUUCCACGGUUGGGAGGAGAGUGGUGCAUAUGUUGAUCAGAUCUGGACUGGAAUCAUGGGCUACUCGGCGGAUUCCUUGCCUCAUAUUGGACAGGUCCCCGGAAAGCAAGGCCAAUUUAUCAUUGCUGGGUUCACAGGUCACGGAAUGCCGCAGGCAUGGCUUUCCGGUAAGGGUAUAGCAGCCAUGGUCUCGGAAGGAAUCCCAUUUGCUGAAUCUGGAAUCCCGAGGAUCUUCGAGACUACCCAGGGUCGCCUGCAGAAAAGCAGGAAUGACAUACUAGGGACGAAAGGAGAGGUUGCUAAAUCAAGUGCCCGCUUGUAA